GACUUGGCAGGUUAUUAUUCUGUACUGUUCUCGCUUUCCAGUCUUCAUCCUCGUAUAAGAAAGACGUUUUAAACAGUUGCAAAAAGUGUUCUCAUCCCGUCUGCGCACUUCAACAAACGAUGCCUUACAUUUUUGUGACGGUGCAAUCCGGUGGAUGGGAUCCCUCGUUGCCCAUCAACUUGGAUUAUUCACCGGAAUUAGAUCCAGAGAUACAUAGUUUCCUUCGGGAACAGGAGCAACAGCAGCACCAUGUGAGUCAUCGCGACGUACCGAAAAAACAAGAGGCGAAGGGAAUGGUGGCUACUCAUUGUGAAUUAAGACUGAUCCUUGACGGACUGGAGAAACUUGGCUUUCAGCUAGUUACUACUACGUCUUACUCGUUUCAAGGCAGAUCUCAUAACGAAUUCAUUAUGCAUCGCGAGUUGGCUCCUGUAAUGGAUGAUGAACAUGGAUUUAGUAAGCAGACCCCGAACAAAACCAAAAAGAAUAAUAAUAAACAUCACCAGCGAGAUCACAGUAAUAGCAGCAACCACAGCAUUGGCGACGAUAGCAAACGAGCACCCGAGUCUCGUGUAAACAAAAAUCGUUACCGGCCGCCGUCACCUUCGCAUAACAUUCCUGGUAAACAAACACAAAGAAAUCUUUAUUACUGACGCAUUUGAUUUUCAAUAGCAUGUCUAACAACGGAUUACCGGUAUCUCUGUUAGCUUCUUUUAAAAUACAAUUACCGUUUUAAAAAAUAUCAUACGACAUUCAAAAUGAAUAAACUUUCAAUUAUGUUUAAGAAAAUAA